AUGACUUUAUACAUUGAUAAAAAAUUGAAUUUUAUUGAUACCAACGUUGUUACAACCUUAGGAUCCUGGCAUCCGACUUUACCGCUUUUAGCAGUUGGAUCUUACAAUCAAGAAAAAGGCGGAUAUGUAACUAUUUUUCAAGAAAAUGGUUUAGCUUUAGAAGGCUGUGACUGGCCAGUGUUAUUAUCGAAUCAAGUUACAGCUCUAGCUUGGCACCCUAUUAGAAAACUAUUAGUAGUUGGAUGGGAUGGUGGAGAACUCUAUAUCUGGUUAGAAUAUUCCUGGGCUCGGUUAGAAGCUCCACACACUGCUGCAUUAACUACAGUCACAUUCAGCCCAGGAGGGGGCAGGCUGCUUGCUUCGGAUGCUGCAGGUUCACUUUCCGGCUGGCAAUCGAGCUCCGGCGCACCAUUGACUGCAUUCCAUCAUCAACUAGGGGAUAUAAUAACACUUGUGAAGUUCUGCACCCCACAUCCAACAUCAGAAACUUCAAUAAGGGGAUUAGCUAGAGCUGCGGUUGAAGGAGAUGAGAAUGCUCUCGAUGCUUUGGCCGCCUGGCGUCCUCGGACUACGGCAAAGAUGAGAGAGGGACUCCAACCAGAUAAUCAUGCCUGUUAUGCGGCUCAGGAUAAUGGAAUCAUUCUAUACAUAGACCAUACAGGUGCAUGCUCAGAAGUACUUAAUGCUCCAGGUGUCAUAGUAUUUAUGGACAUCAUAAACACCAUAUACCUACUUGUUGCUUGGGAAACAAGUGGAGGUGUUAGUCUUUCUAGAUUCACCAUGUCAAGUGAUGGCUCUCUCACAACAGAUACUCAUGUAAGAAUGACUGCAAGGAACGGUCAAUGUAUUGUGCUAGCCGGGCAUUACAGUAUUGCAGUAAUCACAGGAGAUAACUUAAUAAGAAUUUGGGACAGUGAGAACGGUGACAAUGAUGUCCUGCCAAAUGAAAAUGAUGUAACCAUGCCCGGAGAUAUAUUUACGAGUAUAAGUUAUUGUAAUUUAAGUGAUACAUUGUGCUGUGGUUCUGGACAAGGUAAUUUGUACUUAUGGAGACGAGACCACAAGAGUAGAUGGAAAUUAAUAAGCAGUACUGCCGUCAAGGGUACAGUGAAGGAAGUAUAUUGGGGUUCAGAGGGAUUAAUGAAUCCUCUAUUAUAUGUCAACUGCAUAACAAAUGCGUUCAUUCUUCGAGAACAGCACGUCUGCUGGGGUUACUCGAAAAAUAUGUGGAUGGUGCAGAAAUCUGCUCAUGAAGUGUCCAUAAUAGGAAAAAACAAUGCAACAUCUAACAUCAAUUCUUCUAUAACGAUCAAAACAUUCGCAUUUAAGGAUAAUUAUAUAGCUUUAGGUGAUGGUAAAGAUGUACAGAUUUGGAUGAAUAAAGAAAAUGAUGUAAAAUUUACUCUUAUCAGAACCUUUGAAUGGAAGACGGACGUUCUUAUAUUGUAUAAUGACAUGAUAGUAGGUGUUGUUAGCCCGCAUAUAGAAUGUUACAAUGUAUCUGGAACCAAGAUAGGUGUGCUGCCUAGCAGUGAGGGCGAAGGGGAACCCAUAGCAAUAACAAACACUAACAGGUUCAUUGCAAUCGCAACGAUAGAUGGAACGCUUAAAUUGGCCGAAAUAACAAAAAAAGGUCUCAGAAUGCCUUACCCGGCCAAAAACUGCUACCAAAUGAUCGAAGAUUUUGGAGAAAUCAUGAGAUCUUCGUUAAAUUGUACCGGACUCUAUAUAUGUCUGAGUAUUGCGAAUGCUGGUUUGGCCCCGGACCCUCGUAUAUACCUGUGGGAUGUAGCUAAUGAUGUUAUAACACAUACACUGCUCUCAGAUUCUAAAUCCCCGCCAUAUCAGAGCGUGCCUAUUUCUAUAUUAUGGGAUCAAAACGACCCCAGACUCGUCGCGGUCCACAUGCGGUCAUCAGACUUCGACCACAUCCAUCUCUUCUUCUGUCACGAAAGCAAACUCUACGAAUACAAAAACUGGUGUCCGAAUGCUGAGGAUUAUUUCAGUUCUGAUUUUAUUUUUUGCACAUUAAAUGCUCCAUACGUCGUGAUAUUAACACAGCAGAAUAUAAAAAGGAUAACGCUCAAGGAGUUUGAGGAACAAAGCGAUGACGAACCUAAUAAAGCGAAGCAAGUUCUCAAUUUCCUCUUUUAUAUGACAACUGGACAUUUGGAGAAAGCUGUUGUUAUCGGCUCUAACAUAUGUGGGACUAAGAAUUCUAUUGUUUGGGACAGUUUGGCAAAAAUGUGUGUGUCACUGAAACGAGCUGAGGUCGGAUCCGUUUGUUUGACGAAAAUGGGAAACAUCAAAGGAGCUUUGAUGAUGAGAAAAGUUUUAAACGACGAUACUAUGAAUGACGUGUCGAAGGUAGGAGUUUUAGCUGUGAAUCUCGGUAUGAUAGAUGAGGCUGAAGCGUUAUUCCGCGAAGCACAACGACCUGACCUUAUAACACGUCUGAUAUCAGCCAAAGAAGGUGGUUUAAACGAAAUUAUUAACGGUGAAAACGAAGGAGAGAAUUUGCUACUUAUAAAAAGCGCCCAACACAAACUGGCCAAAAUCAUGUGGGCUAACGGAGAAACGGCAGCAGCAUUGAAACUGUUCGAAAGCGCUGGGACUUUAGUACCGCAUGUUCCAAGAAUGCUGAUAGCACAAGGACAAGCGUCAGUUUUAGCCCAAUACGUAUCAACUUCCAAAGACAGCAACUUAAUAACCUGGUGGGGACAUUACUUGGAAAGUAUUGGCGAUCUCGAUGGCGCGUUAGAUGCGUACGGAAGAGCAAAUGACUUCGGCGAACAAACGAGGCUCUUGUGUCACAUGGACAGAAUUGAAGAAGCUGAAAAAAUAUGCAACAAGAACAAAGCUUCGAUGUACCAAAUGGCUAGAUAUUUAGAGAUGAACGCAAAUCAAACGGAAAAUGCAGUUAAGAUCUACAUAAAAUGUGGGGCCAUAACAUCAGCUAUUCGUGUAGCGGCUGAAGCGAACGCGUGGAACUUAGUGUGGCGAGCUGGUUCCUGUUCCCCUCAACACGCGGUCUACGCCGCCUCCAUACUGGAGAACGCUGGACAGAACGAACGAGCGAUAGCAUUGUAUCAAAAAGCUGGCAAACCGCACAUGUCCCUGAAGCUUGCUCUAAGUAGCGGUGACACAGCGGCUGUUAUAUCAGCGGCUGAGUCAUUGCAGCGUGUGGAAGGAUCCUUGGCUCGAUCGCUGGCGACUCAUCUGAAACAAGCACAGAGACCAGCUCAUGCUGCAGCUGUGCUUGCUACUGCUGGACAGUACGAAGAAGCUCUCGAUAUAGUAGAAGAAUCUGAAGCGCCGUUAUCAGAGGAAUUGAGUGAGAAGCUAGCGGCUCCGGCUGGCACUGAUGGCAGGGACGCGUUGUUGAGAAGACUAGCGGAUAUACUGGGCACUAGAGGCUUGUACCACCAGGCGGCGAAACGACUGGCGCAUAUUGGAGAUAAGGCCGGUGCUAUGCGCUGGUUAAUGCGUUCCGGUGACUGUGAACGCAUCGCGACCUUCGCGUCCGCGUCACGUGACCGCGCCGCUCAGCUUAUGGCCGCGGACUUCCUCAGGCGACACGCCUCGUGGAAGACAAGACCCGACCUAGCUCGGCAUGUUAUACACUUCUAUAGCAAAGCACGCGCAUACACGAAACUUGCCUCGUUCUACGCUGAAUGCGCCGCCAUGGAGAUCGAGGAGUACGAGAAUUAUGAAAAGGCGUUGGAAGCUCUGAAAGAGGCGGCGAGGAGUUUAGCAAAAUCAUCAGAUUCUGAAACUGGAGCACAAACCGUCGCUAUACAAGAACAGAGUAAUUUUGUAAAGCGAUUUAUUGAUAUGAAGAAAAAUUUACAAUCUGGUGAUGUUAAUGCAGGUUUAACAAUGAGUCAACAGCUAAUACGUUCAGUGAGUGGUCGACCCGGACUUAUAUCAGAAGAGAAAGUGUUAAAAUUAUUUCUCCAUUACGCAUCUGAUCAUCCUGAAGCAGAAAAGUUUCAGAUGCGAUUGAAAGCAAUACAAAAGCCAAAACAAACAGACAGUCAAACGACAGACUCCCCUGAACAAAGUAUUGAAGAAGAUUUAAACUGA